CAGAUCUACAGAAACUGGAUGACUAGAGCUGUUCAAGCAGGUUUUUCCCAUCCACUGAAACCUGCGAGAUUUAGCUAGAGGUCUAUCAGGGAAGGCUGUAUGUUGAAACUAUGCCUAAGUGAUCUGCUAAGGCUGAACGAAUAUUGCUAAACCUAUCAUCGCUGCUAGGACAAAAGGAGUGGUCAAACGCUUUUAAUGUGAGCAAUGCAACAGCAUCUUCUACACUUUAAACAUAUCAACUCAUAAAGAAACAACUGAUUUAGGAAACAUAAUAGAAAAUCAUGUCCACUCUUGAGGCCGUUACUAUGGCGAACAACCUGUUCACUGUGGACCUCGCCAAGCAAAUGAAUGGUGACCAGAAUGUAGUAUUGUCACCUCUGAGCACAAUCAUUGCACUUUUAUUAAUCUGUCUUGGAGCUGAAGAGACAACUGAAGCCCAAAUGAAACAGGUUCUUCACAUUAAAAACUGCAGAGAUAUACAUUAUGGGAUUCAAGAUCUCAUGUUUGUAUUACAAAAUGCUACGGAGUACAAACUUGAUAUCGAAAAUAAACUCUUUGUUGAAGAAACAUGUAAAAUCUCUGACGCUUAUGUGAAUAGCAGUGCGUGGUACAACUCUAAACCAGAGAAAGUUGCAUUCAGAAAUGCAACAGGGGAUGCAAUGGAACACAUUAAUAGCUGGCUUAAAGAGAAGAGCGAAGGAACUUUUCAAAAUAUGUCUGAAACGUUAAUAUCCAAUAACACUAAGAUUGUAGCAGUUAACACGGCAUAUUUAUUAGCAAACUGGACACAGAACUUCCCUAAACAAAAGACGAAAUAUUAUGAGUUUACAUUGAGCAAUAAUGAAAAAGUAUCUAUAGAAAUGAUGUCUGCGCAGGGUAAAUUUAAUCUUCGAACUAUAGAUGAUGAGAAGUUGAGGAUCCUCGAGCUUCCAUAUGGACUAACAAAGGAUCUCUGUAUGUACAUAAUACUGCCAGACAACAGUAACGAUCUAUACAAAGUGGUGGAAAACCUGUCCUUUGAGAAGCUGACUAGCUGGACAGACCCCAAGUACAUGAAGAAAAAAUAUACUACAGUUUUUCUCCCUCACUUUCAAAUAGAAAGUGCCUACUCAAUGAAAGAAAUGAUGUCAAGUAUGGGAAUGCUUGAUGUUUUCAAUGAAACCAAAGCAACAUUUACAGGAAUAUCUAAAGACAAUUUAUUUAUUUUAGACAUAAUUAGCUUGGCAACUGUGAACGCAGAUGAAGAUGGUACUAAAGACAUAACUAAUACUGAUGAUUACUUUGGAUUUCUGGCCUUAAUGCUGCCAGAAGCGACUUUUAGGGUAGAUCACCCUUUCUUCUAUGUUAUACAGCAUAAGCCCACUAAUUGUUAUGUUUUCUAUGGGACAUUUCAAAAGCCGUAAAUUAACCCCUUAAAGUAGUUCUAAACACAUACACUGAAAUCUUAUUUCAAUUUUAAUAUGUAAAUGUAAUUUUAAAAGUGGACAAACCCUUUUUUUAAAUUUCAAACUCUCUUUAACCACUUAAGCCCCUUAUGC